CCCAAAACAUGGAAUGAGAAUCGACCCGAUCUUUACGUUACUCAACUACUGUGGGCCCGUUUUGUAAGGGUAGGACAAAACAGAACACGCACGGUAUUAACGGCCGUUUUAAACGGACCGACUUUUUGGUCAAAAUUUUCGACAUUUGUCUUUCAAAAACUUGGAACCUGUGUGCAGUCAUUUUAAACGUGUGACGUGGACUUGUGCAACUUGUGUAAAAAAAAAUGACGCCGUCCGUGAGUUGUAGCGCUCACUUCGAGACAACACACACGACACAACACAAACCGCGGAAAACACGACAUCAUGGACACCGACAUGGAUAUCACGACCACCCAGCGUGGCCGGCAGACCAAAACCCCGGCGAAAUUCCAGCAGACGGGCUCUCUCGGUGCCGCCGUAGGCGGUGGAGGCUUGCUCUCCAGCAAGAUAGUGCUGCUGCCUGGCAUCUCGGGGAACACUCAUGUUACCACGGGAGGCGCUGCCGCCACCAACACUCAGAGCGAGGGUGGAGCAGGCCGCCGGCGAGGGGUGGCAACCACUGCUCCUACCCCCCCGGGAAAAGGAAAAAACAAAGCGGCGGACGCGAAGCAACAACUGCAAGCCAUCAUGGCGGACCGCCGUUUUUCGGACGACACAGCAACAGCAGACAGCAUCGUCAACGUUGGCAACAGCGACGAUAGCAAUAGCGACAGCGACAGAUGACUCACACACAACCCUAGCUGACUUUCUACGGUGAGGGGCACUCGUGGUGCAGACGCAGCAGCCCUCGCGUGCCUCUGCAAGGGUACUUUGGAAAGUGCUCCAAAUACUUUGAGAGGGUUGUCAAAAAGUUGGAACGAAGUGGAGCAAAGUUUUCGCGCCCAACUUCGUUCCAAAUAUUUUUGAAAAAAAUGGACAAACGCCUACAUACAGGUUCCAUUUUUUGACACUUUCAAAAAUUUUGACAAAAAGUCGUAAAACGGCCUUAAGUAGGUUUUUACCGGGUUGUGAGUAAAUUACUUGUUGGACGUUUGGAUGUGGAGACGGGUAGCCUACAUCAUCCCGUUACAGUACCGACAAUGGAAAUUAGCGUGUGCUUCGCGCUUACCGCGGAAAAGUUACGCGCGUGGAGAACAACCAGCCCUAAAAACCUCAAUGGAACUCCGCAAUUUCACUGUGAACCGCGGCAACGCGUAACAUCAUAAAUAUAGAGUUUCAGCAUACAUGUAGGACGAAUACACAUCACGUGCCAAGGGCAACUUUUCGACCACACUGCGAACUUCAUAACCGUGAGAAAAGUUCACUGGGCAUCACAUGCAUAUCAUGGUUCAAACCUUCUUGAAAAUAUGAACACAUGAAGGGGGGAAGGUGAUAUUGUACCGUAGUUCUGCUGUGCACGGCACGUCUGUGUGUGCGCCUUGUAGCUGCUCUUCGUGGCAGAGACAUGCCGUGCACAGGAUCACUGUAGACUUUUUCUCAAUAUUGCUGUACAUCGAACUCAGCUUCAUCUUAGAGAUCAUACCGCCAACUGAGCUCGCCAAGGCACUCGCGUGGUAGCAUUCCCCGAACACCGACACCAAGAGAAUCUCUGCUCUCUCAUCUGUCUGAAGUACUUGGUCGGUCGUCUACAAGCAAGUGCCACGGAACGUGCGGCGUAAUUACAGAUCAUGCACCCAGCAGUAAACCCCGUCGAGGCGAGGGGGCUUCGCGUACGCAUGGAUCGCUCGGGACCUCCGGAACUUUCUCGUUCACGGGGCCACCGCAACCCUUGCUGCGGUGUGGUCACCAACACGUUGUUGCACGAACCACCAGCACGCAGCAGGUGCACAGUCCAGCAGAGCUGAUCCUGUGGUGUGUGCCAACUUGGGGGCGUCAUGCAUACAGCAUGGGUUCGUGUGAAUGCGGUGGUCUUCUUUGGGCUUACUGUUCUUCUUGUGUUGAGCGUGCUCACGGCGCUGAGUACAUAUCUCCACCAAGGGUUUCCGGACGUGAGGAAGCUAGGGGUGAGCAAAUUCAGGACGUUCCGAAAAUCUGAAGGCACGGAUCGGCUGCUCCUCAACAUUGAUGUUGAUGCAGAUCUGGCUCCGGCGUUCAACUGGAAUGUGAAACAGCUCUUCGCGUUCGUGGUAGCUGAGUACGAGACCCCGACAAACCCUGUAAACCAGGCAAGUGAUCUUGUGGGACAAAAUCGUCGAGAGCCCAGAGGAAGCCCACCUCCUGCAACAGGACAUGACAGUGAAGUACGGUCUGAUAGACGAGGGAGCUGGUUUGCGGAAUACAUCCGUAACGCUCAUGCUCUACUGGGACCACAUGCCACUUACUGGGACCUUGUUCCAGCAUUCUGUUGCAGUUGACACGUUCGAGUGUCCAGGGAGCUACGCAAGGAGGUAGCAGCAGCAUGCCACGUCCAAGGAAUGACGAUCGCUGUCUGUGGCGUUGCGAACACUUGCGCGACAAAUUUCAAAAAAAAUGCUCGCCCACAGUUUGAAGGUGUAAGACGUCAAAACCGUCCCAUGUUGUUCGGAAAGUGCCGAUGAGGUAAAAAUCCAACUGAGUUGUUUUUUGUCAAGUUCUCCGCCAGCAAGUGCCUUUUCAAACUAUACGCAAGCUUGGUCUAGUCACUUUCGCUCGCAGCGUCGCUAGCGUCGGAGCCAGAUUGCUGAGGUGGCUCCGUGGUUGCCUUUUUCGAGGCGUAGGCGUCCCUCUCUCGUAUGUAGCGGGCCUUGUCCUCGUCGGCCUUGUCCUGAUACGGUUUCUUCUGAGUUUCGUCCAACUUCCCCCACUUCUCGCCAAGCACCUUGCUAAUCUCCGUGACCUUCAGCUCAGGAUUGUCCGCCUUGACCUGUUGAUAGAAUGGUGAUAAGUCAUUCGUGGACAGUGGUUAGUGGACACGGUACAUUGAUCCCGUGUCCAUACAGGCCACUCACACACGCAACAGGAUUUCGCAGGUACAGUGUAUGAGAGCCUGAUGGAAGGAGCAAACCAAGCUCGUCUUCAGCCUACGCGAGCAAAUUUGAUUCCUCGUGUCAGCAGUGUGUCAUGCUGCUGUAGAAAAGGAGGAUGUGGCAAUGCUUAGGAAACAAACCAAACGCUUAUCUUGCCACGAAAACGAACCGCUCGGUUGUGGGAGGGGAAGGAACCGUUGCUCAGGAUGAUGUUCUUGGACCACGAAAUGUUGAAGUACCGCAUAAACUACGGUGCUGAAGAAAUCAACAAACUUUUUUCGGGUCCUUCCGGAAUUGAUUCUUGGGUGUUCGAUCACGGGGG